CCCCGGGCAACCUGUGGCUGCAGACACGAGUCUGGCGCUGCCGGAGCUGUUCCCUGCGCCGCUGGCAGCAGCUCGCCCCGUCUGCCGCUGCUCGUGCAUGGGGCAGCGGAGGGGGCAGCCUGCUUGAGCUGCACACACAAGCCGCGUGGGAGCUUUGAACUGACACUGACACAGCGACGGGCGGCGGCGGCGCUGGCUGGUCGGUUUCACCUGCCUGCCUGGCGUUGCACGGGCAAGACACGUUUCUACGCGAGACUUGAUUUUUGUCUAGAGCAGAAGGGAGGCAGGAGCAGGGCGCCCCACCAGCCUCCCCCGGCGGGAGAGACAGAGGAGGCGAGCGAGCGCCCCGGCUCCGAGCCGAUGGUUCCGAGGGACGGUCAGCCCCGCCGCUGAGCACGGACCCGAGUUGGGCUGGGGAUGGCCCGGAACACGUCCCUGCAUUUCAGGGUGGUGGAAGGACGGAGCCUGCCUGCCAAGGAUGUGUCUGGCACCAGCGACCCCUACUGCAUUGUGAAAGUCGACAACGAGGUGGUAGCCAGGACCGCUACCGUGUGGAAGAACCUGAAUCCCUUCUGGGGGGAGGAGUACACCCUGCACCUGCCCAUGGGCUUCCACAGUCUCGCCUUCUACGUGCUGGAUGAGGACACCGUUGGACACGAUGAUGUCAUUGGCAAAAUAUCGCUCAGCAAAGAAUGGAUUUCGUCGUACCCGCGAGGGAUUGACAGCUGGAUCAACCUGACGCACGUGGACCCCAAUGAAGAGGUUCAGGGAGAGAUCUGCCUGGAGCUGAAGGUGCUGGAGGAGCCCCAGAAGAGGGCCCUGCACUGCCAUGUCAUUGAAGCCAGAGACCUGGCCCCGCGGGACAUCUCCGGCACCUCGGACCCCUUUGCGCGAGUGUCCUGGGAUGGCCACGCUUUGGAGACAGCUAUCAUUAAGAAGACUCGAUUCCCGCACUGGGAGGAGGUGCUGGAGUUUGACCUGGAGGAGGGGGUGCCCGGGAAGGAAUCCAAGGGGUCCCGUGUGAGCGUGGAGGUGUGGGACUGGGACAUGGUGGGGAAGAACGACUUCCUGGGACGGGUUGAGUUCUCUCUGGACGCCCUUCAGAGAUCCCCUGCCAAAGGCUGGUUCAGGCUCCUGCCCUUCCCCACCGCUGAGGAGGAUGCUGGAGGAAAGCUGGGGGCUCUGAGGCUGAAAGUCCGACUGGCUGAGGACAGGAUCCUGCCCUCCAUGUACUACCAGCCCCUGAUUGAGCUCCUGGUGGAAUCCAUCCUGUGCCCUGCCGAGGAGGAGGACGUCAGCCCGCUGGCCUUGCUGGAGGAGAUCAGCUCGGUGGAGAGCCGGCAGGACGUGGCCACGAAGCUGGUGAAGAUCUUCCUGGGACAGGGCCUGGCGGUGCCCUUCCUGGACUACCUCAACCUGCGGGAGGUGACCAAGACCACUGAUCCGAACACACUCUUCCGCUCCAACUCCCUGGCCUCCAAAUCCAUGGAGCAGUUUAUGAAGGUAGUUGGGAUGCCCUAUCUCCAUGAGGUCCUGAAGCCGAUCAUAAACCGGAUCUUUGAGGAAAAGAAGUACAUCGAGUUGGAUCCAUGUAAGAUUGAGCGGAACCGGACCAGGAGGAUUUCCUUCAAGGGCUCCCUGUCCGAGGCCCAGGUGCGGGAGAGCAGCCAGGAGCUCCUGAAGGGCUACCUGAGUGACAUCAUGGAGUCCAUCAUCGGCUCAGUGGAGAAGUGUCCCGCUAUCAUGAGGGUGGCCUUCAAGCAGCUGCACAAGCGGGUAGAGGAGCAGUUUCCAGAGGCGGAGCAUGAGGAUGUGAAGUACAUUGCCAUCAGUGGGUUCUUAUUCCUCCGCUUCUUCGCUCCUGCCAUCCUGACACCCAAGCUGUUCAACCUCCGCGACCAGCAUGCCGACACCCGGACCAGCCGCACACUUUUGCUACUGGCCAAGGCAGUGCAGAGCAUCGGCAACCUCGGCCUGCAGCUGGGGCAUGGCAAGGAGCAGUGGAUGGCUCCGCUGCACCCCUUCAUCCUUCCCAGCAUCGCCCGCGUCAAGGAUUUCCUGGACAAGCUCAUCGACGUGGACAGCGAGAGCGCGGGCAAGGCCCAGCCCCGGACGCUCUUCCACCCCUCGGUCACCAUCAAGGAGGGCUACCUGCACAAGCGCAAGGCCGAGGCGCUCCACCUGCUCCCGCGCUUCACCUUCAAGAAACGCUACUUCUGGCUGAGCAGCGAGACCCUCUCCUACGCCAGGUCCCCAGAGGGGCAGGUUCGCUCCUCCAUCCCCAUCCAGCGGAUCUGCGCCGUGGAGAGGGUGGACGAAAACGCCUUCCAGCAGCCACACAUGAUGCAGAUCAUAACGCAGGACAAGGAAGGGCAGCUGCGCACCAUGUACAUCCAGUGCAAGAAUGUGAACGAGUUGAACCAGUGGCUGUCGGCCAUCCGCAAGGCCAGCAUCUGCAAUGAGCGCAUGCUGCCCUCUUGCCACCCGGGUGCCUUCCGGGGCAACCGCUGGACCUGCUGCCUGCAGCCCGACCGCACAGUGCGUGGCUGCAGCCGGACUCACUCUGCCAUGACCCUGGGGGACUGGAGCGACCCCCUCGACCCGGAUGCCGAGACCCAGAUGGUGUACGGGCAGCUCUUGCUGGCGAGAGACAAGCUCAGGGAGAAGUACAUUGAGUGUUCCGAUGUGGGGCUGGCGCCGGAGCAGGAGAGGGGGCCUGGUACUCGUGCCCAGGGAGAGCAAGGCUGUUCCUGCCAGGCCCGCCAGAUGGCCGCUGCUGCCCGCCUGCUGAACGUCAUAGAAGACCUGGAGCGUGCCCACAGCGCCUUCGAGCGCCGGGAGAAGGAGGAGGCAGACAAUGACUCUCACCACCCCUGAGAAGCCUCCUCCCCCUUCCCCACCCCAACCCUCCCCGGCGCCUCGGUUGGACCGUGCCCACCCGACAAUGGUGCGCGGGAGUGGGCCCUGGUGCUGGGAGACACCGGCUCUGGGCUGGGAGUGGCGAUGGCAGUGGCCACGUGGCCACCCCACAGCUCAGGCCAGAGGUGGCCUAGCGCGUCCUGCUCUCCUGCCUCCCGGCGGCCUGCUGUAGCGCCCAAAUCAACCAUCAGAUGGCGCUUGAAACCCUCCAUGAACCACACCGUGUCCAGCACCAGCCAACCUCCUUGCUGUCCUUUUCCCUGUGGCACAGAGCCGGGAUCCGCAGCCUGGGCAGGUUAGCGGUGCCCGUGCCCCAGUGCCAUGCUCCUGCAGGCUGUACCUGACGUUGCCACGCAGGGCCUUCCCGCUGAACCUCAGUCCCUGUGCGCCGCCAGCCAGGGCCUGCUGUCCCGGUGUCCCAGAGGCGCGGGGGGGUGGCAAACAGCCUGCCCCUGGCUCCCACAGACAGCUCACCCCGCCCCCCAUCUGUGCCUUUCCCACCCCAUAUUCCAGCCUUCGUGGCCACUGGACAAGGGGAGGCGCUUCUGUGUCUGUAACUGAUGAAGGACUCAAGUGAGCCCCUAGCCAUGAUCCUUUGAACAAGAGCCGGGCUCUUGGGUGGAAUCGCGCGUGGGCCGGCCCGCGGCCCUGCAGCACUCCUGGCUGUGCAGCAGAAAGCUGUCCGGCCUGCAUGCCAACCUCCGCCAGCCUGUCUCUCUCCCCCAGUUCCACCUGCGCUGGCCCAUGGGCCAGCCACCGUGAACUCGGCUCUCCCCAGCACCUCCUGGUGGUGGCAAAUCUAAGCUCUGCCACUGGAGGGUUAAACUCCUCCAGCUCCCCAGGGGACGAUGGCUUGUGCCUAGAGCGCAGUGGGUGGGGAGCCCACCUGUGCUGUGCUCGGAGGAGGAACCCAGGGCCCUGCAUCUACUGGGUGCUCCUUUAAAUCACUCCAUCCAUGUGUGCACUGCGUGGCUAUCCGCACCGCCCCACUGGGCGCCCCACGGCCUGCCCUGCGUGCACAGGGCUGAGCGUAAAACCCAGCUGGGCGCCUCUUUGCUUGUGCCAAAGUCCUGCUCAGGAAGCGAAGGGGGCUACCCCAGGGACGUCUCGCCCAGAUCACCUGCGCAUGGUGGAGAAGCCUACAUCACUCGGAGUAACUCUGGUAAGAGGCCAGAACAGGGCAAAGAAACCAAGUUGAAGUAGGCUGGAUAAACAGACAGAUCCUGGAGCAAGGUGAGGUGGGAUGGGGCCAGAGGGGGGUGAGUGCGGCUGAAAUGUGAGCUCCCGAACCAGCCCCAAGCCCUGAUGAAUGUGAGACUGGCAGUGUGCCAGCAGAGAGCCCCCCCUCCCCUCUCCAGGGCAAAGCUCUGACCAAGGGGGCAGUGGUCCGCUCAGCUCGCUGCACCCCGUGGCUAGCAAAUGGGCAGCCUGUGGCUACGUGCACCCCGCCUGCAUGUGCCAUUGGGAACAGAGCCAGGGGGCCCCGGCUGGUGCCAAAUGGCCAGGCUGUGGUUGUCAAGGCCGGAGGCAGACAUCUUGCAGACUGGCUCACUGAUUAUCCCAGGGCAGGGGGGCUUUGGAGUUAACCUAGGGCCGUGGUUCUCCUUUGCGGACCCCUUUGGAAAGCAGUUGUCUGUAUAUAGAGCUGAACGCUGUUCAGUCAGUUUUCAGUCACAGUCUGUCACGGACCCUUUGCCAUCGCCCACGGACGCCCAGGGUCCACGGCCCACGGCCCUAGAUAUAUUUGCACACUCCACUCUGUCUCUUGUGCGUCUCUCUGUAUGUCACGCACACAAACUGUGUUAAAAGACCUGUAAUAAAGCUGCCAAGUGAAGCCCUCAAACAUUAAGACGCGCCGGCCGUAGGGAGGCCCAGGCACCCUGAAUUCAGCCCCCUGGGCCAGUCGUCCGUUCCAGGCGCACAUACGGUUGUUUUCCCCAGGGCCCUGUGCAGAGGAGGGGCCAUGCGCACUGAAGCAGCAGCUGGCCAGUCUGGUGUGUGCUCCUCAGCGCUGUGUGUGGUCCCAGCCGUUAGUUCCUGUUCUCCAUUCAGCCCCUCUCUGGAGCCGGAAUAGUUCCGUCCUGGGCGUUUUCCCGGCACUCAUGGCUGUAGAAUCAGGGCUUCACAAGCAUUAAUUCAUUUCUCUUCAGCUAAGUGGGUCCUGUGCUCCCUGCUUUACAGAAGGCAAACUCACACCCAAAGGUUAAAGUCAAAGGUGGCCACUAAUUUUAGGUGCCCAAUAUAGGUGCCAACCUCCCCUCUGCCUGGUGGGUGCUCGACCCCCCCGCCCCCGGCGCACCUCUUCCCGUCCCCAUUCCACCCCCUUCCCCCAAGUCCCUGCCCCUGCCCUGCCUCGUCUCCACCUCCUCCCCUGAGUGCGCCACCUCCCUGCUCCUUCCCUUCCUCCCAGAAAGUCCUACGCGCCACCAGACAGCUGCUAGGCAGCGGGGUGGGAAGCGCUGGGAGGGAUGGGGAGGCGAGGGGCUGCGGUGCGCUCGGGGGGAAAGGAGGUGAAGAGGGGAGAGCUUUGCUGCCGGUUGGUGUGGAGCACCCACUAAUCUUUCCCUGUGGGUGCUGCAGCCCUGGAGCACCCCCGGAGUCGGCGCCUAUGGUGCCCAAUAUGCGAGGCCUAGGACCUCAUUUUUCAGAGCACUCGCUACUAUCACACCCGAUAUGGCCAAAGCCCAGCGCCCACUGACUGCAGUUGCAGCUGUGAGUGCUCAGCACUGCUGCAAAUCCAACCCAGGGGCCAGCCUUUGCUCUGACUAAGGCAGGCGGCCUGUGGGAAGAAUAGUAUGUGAUCAUGGUAAAGACUGUACCUGAUGCCUACGCACGGGGCCACAGGCAUCCUUAAUUCUGGCAUUUCCUAACUUUUGAGCACUCAACGUUGGAACCUUAAUGUUGUAACGUAGUUUUUGGUGUGUAAUUUCCUAACUUUUUAAUAAAGCAAACUUCAA